GCACCAUCACCAUCCACGCUGCUUGAACUUGCUCCGAAGCAUAGCAAAGCUUCUGAAAACGAUUCCUGGUUUCGACAAACAUAGCAGAAGAAUGAGGGCAAGAAACCAGCCCCAAUUAUCAGUGCAAGAGGUGAAAUGGGUACUUACGUAAGCAUGCCGCGGGCAUCGAAUCCGGACGGAAACGUAGCUCUGGUAAUUCCAGUCGGUUGAAGUGGCAGGACUCGCUGCCGAAACUGAUGAAAAUGUUGCACGAGAAGAAGAAGUGGGGAUGUUAGAGGAGAAGCAUGAACGUCUAAAGAAGGGAUAAUCGGGCUUGGUGCGGGAAGAGAGGAGAAGAGCGGUGAAUGAGAGCCUUGUUCAGAUUGAACGAAAGUCGUUUCCUUUAACGGCUCCGUUUUGGCGGGUAUCAAUAGAGCAAAAAUGGCGGGUGCGCGCUUUUACCUAAUCCCUUUCUCGCCGGCAAGAGAAUCACUUGUGCGUGUGGGGGAAAAAUGGCGUUCGCAGCGAAUCCUUUAUCCGUAAGCGUUCCCGACGCAGAAUUCGAGUCCUGGCUCCGCGAUUCCGGCUACCUGGAGCUCAUCGAUCAACACUCUUCCUCCUCCGCCGCCGCAACCACAGUCAGCGCCACCUCUACUAGCGACACGGCGGCGGCGGCAGCCACCGAUUUCGACCACGCAUCGCUAACCGGUGGGUUCUUUUUCGAUUCCUUGUUUCCCGCCGUCUCCGUCCUCCUCUCCGUCUUCUCCACCAACCCUUUCUCCAAGCUCACCGCCGCUGAUUUCUCGGCGCCGACUCCUUCGUGGACGUCGGCCUUCAUCGGGGACUGCGGGUCCUACUCGUUUCCGUCCGGGUCGCACCAGGCCAGGCUCCGGGUCACCGAGAAUGUAAAGCGUUACGCCAGGAAUUAUGCCACUCUUUUCAUCGUGUUCUUCGCCUGUUCUCUGUAUCAAAUGCCGCUGGCUCUCGUGGGAUUGAUUUCGUGUUUGGCUGUUUGGGACAUGUUCAAGUUUUCUAAUGAAAGAUGGGGAUGGGAAAGGUACCCUGUGCUUCGGCAGGUCUUGGUUCGCACUGCACAAUGUGCAACUGCAGUUAUAUUGAUAAUCCUGAAUGUUCAAAAGGCUCUCCUUUGUGCUGUUGCGGUCAGCUACGCAGUCACAAUUUUGCAUGCCACCUUCCGGAAACUGGCUCCAACUUCAAGGCAGCCUCCUAAGAAAAGGUAAUCCAGGUUUCCAUGAAUGGAACAUGGAAGAAAGGCGAGGAACAGCCGAUGUUUUUGUAAAUUGUUAGCAAGUGUUGUUACAACCUAUAUCUGACAUUCUUAAGACUCUGAAUAAUGAUCUACAGAGAAUAAUGGUGUAUUGUAUGCACAGAAGCACUUAGCGUACAACAAACCCAGUUUUGUAUGCAUCCGAAAUCCGGCUCAAUUUUAUAUCAAAGGUUGUAACCCAUUCUUUCCAUAUACAUGCCAGAUCUGAGAGGAACAAGUUGGAGUUGCAACUUGCAAACAGUAAUCCCUGUGCAAGAUUUUACACUCCUGACCAGUUUGGGCCACUUGCAA